AUCAAUCAGCUUCAUUUAUUAGCUUCUCGGGAUUGAAAAUACAUCGCUGUUAAAAUUCGUAAAGUCAUCUACAGAAUCCUUCAGAAUAUCAUAGAACUCAGAACAUGUGCGAUUUUCAUGUUGAUUUUCUCUUGCUUUAUUUUGUCUCUCGUAUUCCAGAUGCUCACCCAGCAGCGUCUCUCACAGUGAGUCCCGUCAGAGAAAAACUUUUCACUUUCGACGAAGUCCAUCUGUCCUGCACAGGAAGCUCUGCUGAGUGGAGAGUGAAGAGGCUCGCAGAAUCGUCCUACUCGGACUGCUCCAUCUGGGGGACAAUGAUCGGAUCCCUGUGCAGCUUCAGCAGCCGCUGGUUCCAUAAAGCAGUGUACUGGUGUGAGUCUGGAUCUGGAGAGUUCAGCAACGCAGUGAACAUCACUAUACACCUUGCACCGAUGCUUCACCUGACUGUGUCUCCAUCAUGGCUGAGUCACGGAGCCUCAGUGAACCUGAGCUGUGAGGUGGAUCCUCCGUCCGAAGGAUAUAGGUUCUACUGGUACGAAGCUGUUCCUGAUCUAUCAAGAAAUGGCUACAGAUAUGAGCUGCUGCCUGAUAACGUCAACGGGACGAGGCAGGACUCCCUCGUCAUUCAUGGACAGAGGCACACAGCAGGAUAUGCAUGUAGGGUGGGAUAUGGAAACCCAGAGUUUCUCUCUCGAUACAGUGAACCAAAGUUUGUCUGUUCUCCAGUCUCCCGUCCAGCAGCGUCUCUCUCAGUGAGUCCUGACAGAGAGCAACACUUCACCUCUGAGUCUGUGACACUGAACUGUACAGGAAACUCUGCCGAGUGGAGAGUGAUGGUGACGAGUGAAUUAAGCUUCUCAUCGUACACCGACUCCUGCUCCACCUGGGGGGCAAUGAAUGGAUCCUUGUGUACCUUCAGCAGUCCUCAGUACUCUAAAGCAACGUUCUGGUGCGAGUCUGAAUCAGGAGAGCUCAGCAACGCAGUCAACCUCACUGUACAAGAUGAAGAUCUUCUCCUGGUGAGCCCCGUCCAUCCUGUGACUGAAGGAGCUUCUGUUACUCUGGGCUGCAUAACGAGAGAACAAAACAAACUUUGCAAUGUGACUUUCUAUCACAACAACAAGCUGAGACAAAAUGACAGCAGAGGAGAGCUGAAGAUCUCUGCAGUGUCUCAGUCAGAUGAAGGUUUCUACAAGUGUGAACAUUCAGGAAAAGUUUCUCCACAGAGCUGGGUGGCUGUUGAAGCUGUUUUAAAACAGAGCAGCUCUUCAUUUCCUGUAAUGUGGGCCGUCGGACCGGUUUGUGGAAUCGUCCUCGUUGUUCUCCUGCUGCUUCUGAUUCGCUUCAUAAGGUUCAAAGGCACUUCCUACUUCUACGACUUAGUGAGACCCACUAAAGAACCUGAAAACGAUCCAAAGAAAGGUCAAAGCAUCUCCUACUCUCUCCUAAACUUUAAAAACACUGGAAACAUGAGGUGCUAUCUGGAACCAGAUGACAGCCCUGUCAAUUAUGACUUGAGAGUAGGAGCUGCAGGAAGGUCCAGUUCAGCAGCAGCCAACGCAGCCGUUUACUCUGAAGUGAAAUCGGACUCUGGAUAUUGAUGAUGCUGUUUGGACUGAAUGCUAGAUGGGUUUGUUCCAAAAGACAGCUUUAGAUAUAUAUUUUCAUAUGUACUUAAGUGAGUUAUGAUCCGGAUAUCAAAAUAUUUAAUUCAAGAUUGGUUCGAGAAAGCAAUGUAAUAUUCCAAUGUGAAACAAAACGCCUCCCAGUCAUGGAGAAAAUAACAAAGACAAAAAUACAGGGUAAGGUAAAAAUGUACCUUAUUUCAAGAUGAAAUCAGAAAUAGGUGCAUUUAUCCACGUUGGACUAUAAAAUAAAAAAACUAAACCCAACGUAAAAAGAAGCGGAUUUACAGAUUAAGAAUGUUAUUUUACAAAGGGAGAGAUUGAGGUUUACAUUCUGGCUGUAUAGUUUUAAGUGACCACAGGGCAACAAAAACAAAUGUAUAUCACAACAGGGGCCAGUGGAGGCUUCUGAUAUGGGCGACAUGGGCAACCGCCCAGGGUGGCAUCUUCUAAGGGGCAGCCUAUGCUCUGCCAACCCCUGCGGUGUCCCCCGCUCUCACAAUCGAGGGAUCUGAAUAAAGCACCUUCACCCCCAACUUGAUAGACUGAUGUGAUGCCUAGUUAGUUUACUUAACGGCAUAGUGAAAGGGUGAGGGGUUACUGUGGUCGCACAUGUUUCCGAGUUAGUCAGAAACAUGAUAAAGAGAGGAAGUCCCAGAUUGUAUAACUGCAUAACAUAAAAAGAGCAGUAACAGUGGGACUUUAACAAUGACUUUGAAGAACGACGUCUUCCUGAUGCUUGGAAGAGUCAUUACGCGUGGAAGGAAUAUUUACCGACUAGAGCAACAAGCAGGUGCAGCUCAAGUAAUGAUGAUGGGUUUGUUGCACAAGCCUGGGUGUAAAAAUGUCGAGCGUUUGGUUUUUCGUAACCACCUGCUGACAUGUCACGAGUUAGUGGAUUUCUGAGCUUCCUGCCGAGUAGCGUCGAGCGACGGCCUCAGUCUGUGUUGCCAUGGACGACCGAGCCAUCACCGUCCAUGAUGGCUCAGCCUUUAAAUAAAAGGCUAAAGAUUGAUGAGAUGAAUGUUUCAUAAUGCACAUUUUAAAGCCUAUCUAUUAUGUUUACUUGUUGACCAGAUGUGUUAUGUUAUAAGAUAUUAAGUGGAAGGGAGUCUUUGUAUUGUGAUGAUUACUGAAGGCCGUUCCUGCUGUAACGGUUAAGUUGUAUCAAAUGAUUCUUUGCUGUUUCUUGGCUCUGACUUGCUAAUCAAAUAAUGUCAAGUGAAAAUAAUUUUUUUUAUAUCUGUAAUGAAAAUUUGAGUUUGUGGUGAUUUUCACAUCGGCAAUAAAAACUUGAAUCUGUGAAA